AUGACACGCAAGAAGAAAGGCCCGAGACCAGAUCAUUAUCGGGAACCCUUUCAGGAAUCGCAGAGCCGUACAGGCUCGACUUUCAUGCGAACAAAUGAUAACGAACAGCCACGACAAAGGGACACAUGGGGCACUGACCAUGCUAUGACUGACGAAUGGCCCACUUCCCAUGCUACGGCUGACAAAUGGCCCACUCCCAAUUCUACGAGUAACGAAUGGGCAAGCAAUAACAAGAUGCAAGCCUCUCCCGCUGGUGCAUGGAAUGAUGCGACUAACAAAUGGACAACAAGUAAUAACAGGCAAGCCUCCCCCGCUGGCGCAUGGAAUAAUCCAUACCGUCCAAACGAAUAUCCGGUUGAACCAGCACGGUCCUCAGUUCGAACGGGAGGACAAACGGACGAUGAACCUGAAUGGUUUAAACGGCUUUCAAGAGAUGAACCUGAAUGGUUCGAACAGUCAUCGAGAGAUGAACCAGAAUGGCUCAAGCAGCCUUCGAGAGACAGGCGCGGAAGAGGUCGUGGAAGAGGUCGGGGCGGGCGAGGUCGCGGCGGUAACAUGAGUGCUGAGGGAAGUGAAAGACCAAGAAGAAUUCGUUUACCCGACUUGGAAGAAAUUGUAAAGCCGAAGAAAGAAGGAUUUCGUAAAGUUUCGGUCAUGCCAACGAAAGAGGACCUUCUUGGAGAAACGCCUGAAGAUCUUCCGUAUAAUGAUGCUGAUUUACCCUAUGAAAACGUGGAGAGUUAUCUCGUUACGCAUUUUAAACUAUUAAAAGAAGACUGUGUUAGGCCACUCAGGGAAGGCAUAAGAAUGUACCGGUCGGGAAAGUACAGAAUCGAUGACACGGAUAUGAGGAUAUAUGAAAAAGUACAUCUUGUUGGAGUGACCUGUGCGCUCGCGGGGAUUGUGCUACGAGUGGGAUUUCGACUACCGCACGGCGUUGCAGUAAGAUGGAAACAGAGUAAGCGCCUGAUACCAGGAACGUUUGUUGUCCUUACCAAGGAUAACUUUGACACUAUGAAGUUUGGCGUGGUUAUAAGUCGGGCUGACGAAUUGUUAGCAGAUAAAUUCGAUUUACAAAUUGAUAUUCUUUUUCGUGAAGAAGACACUGAAUUCUUUUGGACUGAGGAUUAUAUAAUGGUGGAGGCUACUUCUACGUACUUUGAAGCGUAUCGACAUGUUCUCACGGUUCUGCAGGAGCUGGAUCCGGAUACGAUGCCAUUUAAGCCGCAACUUAUUGACUUGGAUGACAAUAUUGACAGGCCGGGAUAUCUGGAAAAACAUGUGGGAUUGUAUGACUUGGGAGUCGCAAAACCAUUCGAGGAUAUGAAGGAAAUUUUAGGAUACAGCAGAAUUGAUGUAAACAAGGAAUGGCCAUCCAUUCAAGACUUUGGAAGCACACUUCACUCGUCACAAUACGAGGCUUUGCAGAGAAUGCUGACUAAACAGUUAUCUUUGGUUCAGGGGCCUCCUGGAACAGGGAAAACGUAUGUUGGACUUGCAGCUGUACGAAUUCUUUUGGAAAACGUAGGAGGACCGAUUAUAAUUUCAUGCCAGACUAACCAUGCCUUAGACCAGUUCUUAGAAGAAAUUAUGAACUUUGAGGAUAAGAUUAUUCGACUAGGAUCUCGCUCAAAAAGCGAAAAAAUCUUACCUAAAACAUUGUACAACGUUAAACGGGACGAAAGAGAAAGGCUUCGUAACCCAGAAUUUAAUCGCCUAAUUCGAGACCGCAACCAAUUGGUAAAUAAAAUCCAAAACCUUUGUGAAGACAUUACAAAGCCCUGCCUCCCAAUUAGCUACGUAAAAGAACACGGGUUGUUAAGCGAUAAACAGCUAGCAAGCCUAGAAGAGGAUGACUGGGUAACGUCAAGUAGCCGUUACGAUAAGGGCGAGAAGGAUUAUCUGCGUGAAUGGCUCGAACAAGCGCUGGAAACGACGGCAUCUGCACAUAAUAAGAUUGAAACUGAAAUGGCCGCCUUGUAUGUUACUGGUGAAGAUAAGGAUGACAUUACGGAAGUGGACGAGGAAGAAAUUGACGAGAUUGUUGCAGAAUUCCAAGCUAACGAGGGUGGCUUACUGACUAAAGGCGAGCACAUAGUACUCAGAAGCAACGAGUGCGUAUCUUCUAGCACAUACGUCAGUGAAUAUGAAAUACAAAAGUAUAUGGAAUGUGAAGAUUUGUGGGAGAUACCGGUACACGUUCGCGCGGCUAUACAUAAUUCAUGGAGGCGGGAGCUUUUACAGGAGAGACAGGACGAGUUACACAAACUUAAUCUUGAAUACACAAAGAUUUGUGCAAAGCUGAAGUAUCAAAGAAUCAGGGAAGAUUUAGCUAUGUUGCAGACGGCCAAAGUAGUUGGUAUGACCACCACAGCGGCGGCAAAAUAUCACGACCUUUUAAUACAUUUGAAAUCAAAGAUCAUUGUUAUAGAGGAAGCAGCAGAAGCAUUAGAAGCACACAUUGUUACUGCUCUUACUCCUUCGACAGAACAUUUGAUAUUGAUUGGUGAUCAUGAACAGCUGCGUCCGCGUUUAGCCGUACAUGAGUUGGCCCAAAUACAUGGCCUGGACUUGUCACUAUUUGAACGUCUGAUUCGUUUUAUGCCAUUCACAAGACUCACUGAGCAGCGAAGGAUGCGACCAGAGAUACGCAGGCUGUUGACGCCCAUUUAUGACAAAGACGGUCAUGGUGCCAUUAUGGACGCCGAAGAAGUCAAAAACUAUCCUAACGUUGAGGGUGUAAUGAAGAAUCUCUUAUUCUUUGACCAUCAAAACGACGAAAGUAGUUCGAGGGAUGGCAUGAGCAAGAUUAACGAUUUUGAGGCAUCCAUGUGUGCAAGGUUCGCGGCCUACCUAGUGAAAGUCGGAUAUGAUAUUAAAAGAAUCACAAUUCUGAGUAUGUACACGGCACAGAGAAAGAGAAUAGAGCGAUUAUUGAAAGAAGAGAGCUCUACUUCGCUCGAGGAAAUAAAGAAUAUCCAAGUAUCUUCCGUAGAUGGUUUUCAAGGGGAAGAAAAUGAUAUUAUUAUUCUGUCAUUGGUCCGAAGCAGCGAGUCCAAGGGCAUCGGAUUCUUGAACGUGAGCAACAGAAUAUGCGUUGCCCUAUCGCGUGCAAGGCAUGGCCUAUAUAUAUUCGGCAAUGCGAAGAAACUGGUCGAUUAUUCGGACCUUUGGAGAAGCAUAAUGAGGAUAUUGAAUCGCAAUGAUUCUUAUAGUGAGACGCUAGAAUUGUGGUGCAAACAACAUUCAAGACCCAACGACGAUCCACCAAUAUACGUUAAAACUACAAUUGCCUGGAACUCUGAUUUCCCGGCUGAAGGUGGAUGCAAUCAAAAGUGUGGGAAGCUCAUGGAGUGCGGGCACCCUUGUCCGCGAGAUUGCCAUACAUAUUCUCAUGAGAUGGUUCCAUGCUGGGAGACGUGCAUACGCAUUCUGCCUUGUGGACAUCCCUGCAAUAAAGAAUGCAGAGAUCCCUGUGGGCCAUGCAAGAGUCCAGUUAACAUAAAGCCACCAUGUGGACACAACAAACCAAUCCCUUGCGCCGAACGUUAUCAAUAUAUAUGUAGAGAACAAUGCGAAAAGUUGCUGAAAUGUGGCCACCAGCUUGUGAUUCGCAGUGCACAGACACCUGCCGAACGCCUGUGCCGGUUAGGCAUAAUUGCGGCCAUAGCGCAAACCUUGCGUGUCAUAAAUCAUACAGCGGGUCUUUAG